UUGGCUGAUGGCCUUAAUUGCUGACUGCAAGCACCUGUGUGACAACCUUGAACACCUGAGGCGUCCUGUAUAAAAGCACCUCACAACCUGUGUUACCCACCUCAGCUAUAACAUCUGUGUGUGUUGUUUGAGUGCUGGUUCAGAAAUGGCAAAGAAAGUGCUCAUUGUGUAUGCCCACCAGAGCUCCGGCUCAUUCAACGCUGCGGCCAAAGACGCUGCUGUGGAGGUUUUGACUGCUCAGGGCUGCACGGUGCAAGUGUCUGACCUCUAUGCCAUGAAGUUCAAAGCCUCUGCAACACCUGAGGACAUCAAUGGUGUGGUCAAGAAUCCUGAACACUUCCGUUAUGCUGAGGAGACCAAACUGGCGUGGGAGGAAGGAAAACUGUCUCCUGACAUCACGGAGGAGCAACGUAAACUCACUGAGGCGGAUCUAGUCAUCUUUCAGUUCCCCAUGUACUGGUUCAGCCUUCCUGCUAUUCUGAAGGGCUGGAUGGACCGGGUGCUCACACUUGGCUACGCAUACUCUGAUGAAAGGCGGUACAGCCAGGGACUCUUCAAGGACAAGAAGGUGGUGCUGUCUUUCACCACUGGCUCCCUUGAGUCCAUGUUCAGUGCUAAUGGCAUCAAUGGAGACAUGAAUGUCACACUCUGGCCUCUUCAGAACGGCAUCCUGCACUACUGUGGCUUCCAAGUGCUGGCACCUCACAUCUUCUGGGCUCCAUCUCGUGUCCCCCAAGAGGCCUGCACCACCAUGCUGGAGGCCUGGCGUGCACGACUUCAAGGACUCCUGGAAGAGGCCCCGCUAGCCUUCGCUCCCAUGGACUCCUUUGAUGGAGACAAGGGCUUCCAGCUGAAGCCUGAGGUCCAGGAGAAACAUGCAAACCAGGAGUUUGGCCUCACUGUGGGAACCCACCUGGGGAAGCGUGUGCCACCCAACCAGAUGAGGGCUGGGGUUUGA